UCCUUAUGGGAAAGAGCAAAAAUACAUGCACUGUGUGUGGGAAAAACUUACGUGACUAUUCAGCCCGUAAAGAGCAUCAUAGAAUCCACACAGGGGAGAAGCCCCAUGGAUGCAGUGAGUGUGGGGAAACCUUCAGCCGCAGCUCACACCUUAUUACCCAUCAGAGAAUCCACACAGGGGAGAGGCCCUAUGAAUGCAGUGAGUGUGGGAAAAAUUUCACUCACAGAUUCAGCCUUAUUAAUCAUCAGAGAAUCCACAUGGGGGAAAGGCCCUUUAAAUGCCAUGAGUGUGGAAAAUGCUUCAUUAACACCUCAACUCUUUCUAAACAUCAGAGAAUCCACACAGGGCAGAGGCCCUAUGAAUGUAGUGAGUGUGGGAAAAACUUCACUCACAGAUCAGGCCUUUCUGAACAUCAGAGAAUCCACACAGGGGAGAGGCCGUAUGAAUGCAAUGGGUGUGGGAAAACUUUCAAUCGGAGCUCAAACCUUAUUACUCAUCAGAGAAUCCACACAGGAGAGCCACCCUAUGAAUGUAGUGAGUGUGGGAAAACCUUCGCUUGGCACUCAGCCCAUGUUAGUCAUCAGAGAAUCUGCCAGGGAGCUCAACACCAUAAAAACCUCUAGGGCAGGGCUGCACAACUCGUAAAGCAGUGAGGGCCAUAUUACUCCAAAGAAAACAUCUGAAGGCUGAACUCCCCUCCCCGCUCAGCACCGACAGAACACCACCCCCGCCAAAACACACACACACCCAGUGCUGCCUGCACUGUGGAAACAAACCCUCCUUCCCCAGUACCACCCCGCUGAAACAGCUGUGGGCCAAAAAGGAAGAUUGGGGGGAUACUUUAUUAAGAAUUUUUCAAUUCAAGCAAACAAUUUUUUAAAUUUUUUUUUUUUAUGAAUCAGGGAAAAAUGAAAAACACCAGUUUUGUUGAAAGAAAACUUUGUACUUUUCAUAAUUACCUUGCAAAUUUAAUGAGAGAUAUUGCAUCUCUUUUGGGCAACAAGCUUGUCAUAUUCAGGGGUCAUAUCUGAAG